AGAUCAAAUAUGCCGACUGCAAAAACAGAUUCUAUGCGGGGGCUGGCAGUUUUUAUUUCUGACAUUCGCAACUGCAAAAGCAAGGAUGCUGAGAUCAAAAGAAUAAACAAAGAAUUAGCUAAUAUUCGGUCUAAGUUUAAAGGGGACAAAACUCUGGAUGGCUACCAGAAGAAGAAAUAUGUGUGCAAGCUACUUUUCAUAUUUCUUCUUGGUCAUGAUAUCGAUUUUGGCUACACUGAGGCAGUUAACCUUCUCUGUUCUAACAGAUACACCGAAAAGCAAAUAGGCUAUCUUUUUAUCUCUGUACUCAUUACCGAAAAUCAUUCCUUAAUGAACUUGGUUAUAACUCGCCUAAAGGAUGAUCUUUCUAGUCGUAACCCCGUUUUCGUCAACCUUGCACUUCAAUGCAUCGCAAAUAUUGGAAGCAGGGAGAUGGUUGAAAAUUUUCAGGAUGAGAUUCCUAAGCUUCUCACUAUCGACUCUAUUAAGCAAAAUGCCGCUUUGUGUAUGCUCCGACUCAUCCGAAUAGCUCCAGAUUUAAUUGUAUAUGGGGAAUGGACGUCUCGUGCAAUUCACCUCUUAAAUGAUCAGCAUUUAGGUGUUGUUACUUCAGCCGUCAGUCUUAUCGAAGCGUUGGUUAAACGAAACCCUGAGGAAUAUAAAGGCUGUGUCCCUAUGGCAGUCUCCAGGCUAAGUCGAGUACUUUAUUUACUCUACUUUGGUUAUUUCCAUAUAUAA